AUGUUUGCGAACUUAAUUGAUAAUCAAGAGUAAUAUUUCUUAACGUAAACAAAUAACUGCAGAUGCUGAUUAAUACACAAAAGGACACAAAGUGCUAAAGUAACUCAGCAGGUCAGGCAACAUCUCUGGAGAACAUGGGUAGGUUAUUUCUUAACGUUGUAUUUAUUUAUUCUGGUGAUCUGUUGGAUUAUUUCAUUACAUUUCUACCGGUGAAUACACGGUGAUUGCGUUAAUACAUUGGUCUCGGAACAUAAGCAUGGGGUUGUGGAGAGGGGAUGUUGAGGAUGGUUUUCUUCAUUGUUCGGUUCUCGGUGCUAGAUUAGUGAAGUGUACAUAAACAAGUUGUGAGCUGGCAGUGCCGGCUAAUAACAUAACAUAACAUAACAUAACAUAACAUAACAUAACAUAACAUAACAUAACAUAACGCUCUUCGAUAACAUAAAGGGGAGGACGAAAAUGGGGCAACGACAGAUUUAACCUAUGACACAUCUCAGGAGAGGUCUUACCACACAAAACCUGUAUCAGGCUUGUGGACACUGGACGUGUUUAAAUGCAGACGUAGGAACUCCUUCACAUGCCUUACGCAAAUUCCAUGGAGAAUUUAUCCUUGGGGAGGUCGUCAGGCAGACGCAAAGCAUUGGUUCCACAAAAACACACGCGACUGGGCUGUGAAUUACGCCUCUUCUAUAUCAUUCUCUUUAAUUCUCCGGUUAUCCUUUGAGAUCAUAAUGAUUAGUUGCGUAGGACAAUAAAAUGGUUUUUUUUUACCAUACAUAUUCAUAUUGAUCAAAAUAUCUGCUACAUAGCUGGCCAGCAAUGCUUUAUUAUCGUAACCAGGUGCCCGAUCACAGGAUCGGCGAGUGAUUAAUAUCUCGUAUCGUAUCGUGUACUUUGCAUUCCUUAGCAUAGUAAUCUCACGAUUCUUACACAUGGUCCGAUUUCCUUUUCGCCUUGUUCCUCAAUUAGUGCAGUGCCGGCUUGAUGGAAAUUAGACACUCUCUCCUUUUCCAAAGAUGUCAGCGCUGCUUAAACUUUGCAGGGGUAGUAUACACUGCCAGAUUCAGCAAAAAUGUUUACACGGUUGUACUGCACCAGUUAAACAAUUGUUCUGUUACGGUCAGAGUAGACCGCCACAGUGCCCCCUACGUCAGUAGAUCAGGAGGAUCCACGCUUUCUCUGUCAUUGUCGACCGCGGCUUGGUACGCAGGCUCAGCACACGCUGGAUGGAAAGCUAGCAUACAGGACUGGACUGUCGGAAAGGCACCAAGGGCUGCUGUCAAAUCUAUCGUAAGUGCGGAUUCUUUUCCUCCAAAAGUUAGAGGGAUUAUGGCGAUUCACAAAUACAAAGCAUCGCGUUCAAACGACUCCUCGCCGGUGUUGUGCUUGAAAAUGUGACCUGUAGACUAUGCAGUCUCGCCGGGGCAUGCCACUACAAUACUUCUGUGGGACAUCACCCGUUGCUUUCACCGAGAUUCCCUCUGCUGCAGUUAUGUCGAGAUCAACCCAACUCGACUUCUCCGAAGUGGAAACUUUUCUGGAUAACCAUCCGGAUCUUUUCGAAGAUUACCUGCUGAGGAAGGGGAAAUAUAGCGCGGUGGAGAAAUGGCUCAAACAGCAUCAUCUGGGCAAAACCACGUUAGCUUCCAGCACGGAAAAGAAAGUUUCACCCAAAGAGUCAUGGGCGUCCAAAGCUGACGGCCUGCAGAGGAGACCGUCACAGAGGGAGCUCAGAAAAAGUUUUGCCCGAUCCAAGGCAAUGACCGUGAACAGGACUUACGAUGAGCAUGUCAACUCCAGAGACAAGGAGCCGCUUUCCAGCGUGAGGCGGCGAGCUUUGCUCAGGAAAGCGAGUUCGCUGCCUCCCACCACGGCCCAUAUCUUGAGCGCCUUACUAGAAUCCAGGGUGAACCUCCCUCAGUAUACAUCCACGGCCAUCGAUUAUAAAUACGAGCUCAGGGAUAGCAAUGAGAGAGAAUUCUUUCUGGAAUUAGUGAAAGACAUAUCCAACGACCUGGACCUGACCAGCCUAAGUUACAAGAUCCUCAUAUUUGUCUGCAUACUGGUGAAUGCCGACCGCUGCUCCUUGUUCCUCGUGGAAGGAAGCUCCACCAAAAAGACACUCAUUUCCAAAUUCUUUGACGUGCACGCAGGAACCACGGUACUGCCUUCGUGCAGAGUGGACAACUCCAGCGAAGUGCAGGUGCCGUGGGGGAAAGGGAUCAUUGGUUAUGUGGCGGAGCAUGGGGAAACUGUCAAUAUCCCUGAUGCCUAUCAGGACCGUCGUUUCCGAGAUGAAAUCGAUAAACUGACAGGGUACAAGACAAAAUCGCUGCUGUGCAUGCCAAUACAAAACAGUGAUGGUGAGAUCAUUGGCGUUGCCCAGGCCAUAAAUAAAAAUCCCAGAGGAGCCCGCUUCAGUGAGGAUGAUGAAGAGUUGCUGGGGAUGUACCUCCCAUUCUGCGGCAUUGCCAUCUCAAAUGCUCAACUGUUUGCCGCUUCCAGAAAGGAGUAUGAUAGGAGCCGGGCUCUGCUGGAGGUAGUCAAUGACCUGUUUGAAGAACAGACGGAUUUGGAAAAGAUUGUCAGAAAAAUAAUGCACCGAGCACAGACGUUGCUACAGUGUGAACGAUGUUCGGUCCUGCUCCUUGAAGACAUCGAGUCGCCGGUGGUAAAGUUUACAAAAUCCUUCGAGCUCCUGUCUCCUAAAUGCAGUGCAGAAUCGGAAAACAGCUUAAAAGACAGCAUAGAAAAAUCAUCAUAUUCAGAUUGGCUGAUUAACAACAGCAUAGCUGAGCUUGUCGCUUCAACAGGUCUCCCGGUGAAUAUAAGCGAUGCCUAUCAAGAUCCUCGCUUCGAUGCUGAGGCUGAUCAGAUUUCUGGAUUCCACACUCGAUCAGUGCUCUGUGUACCCAUAUGGAACAGUAGCCACCAAAUAAUUGGUGUAGCUCAGGUCCUCAACAGGCUGGAUGGGAAACCCUUUGAUGAUGAUGACCAGCGACUCUUUGAGGCGUUUGUUAUUUUCUGUGGCCUUGGCAUCAACAAUACCAUAAUGUAUGAUCAAGUGAAAAAAUCCUGGGCAAAGCAAUCUGUAGCUCUUGAUGUCCUUUCAUAUCAUGGAACAUGUCUAAAGACUGAGGUGGACAAAUUUAAGGCAGUGAACAUCCCACUUGCUUCUGAACUGAAUAUUGACGAAUUCUAUUUCAAUGACUUCUCCCUUGACAAGGAUGCCAUGAUCACGGCAGCUCUCCGGAUGUUCAUGGAGCUCGGAAUGGUGCAGAAAUUCAAGAUUGAUUAUGAGACUUUGUGCAGAUGGUUACUAACGGUCCGGAAGAACUACAGGACGGUUCUCUACCACAAUUGGCGACACGCAUUUAACGUUUCUCAAUUCAUGUUUGCGAUACUGACAACUGCCGAUUUUCAGGAUAUUCUAACAGACACAGAAGUUCUUGGUCUAAUGGUAGGCUGCUUGUGUCACGAUUUGGAUCACAGAGGCACUAACAAUGCUUUCCAAGAAAAGAGUGGCUCAGCCUUGGCACAGUUGUACGGCACGUCUGCUACGUUAGAACUUCAUCAUUUUAAUCAUGCAGUGAUGAUUCUUCAGAGCGAGGGGCAUAAUAUAUUUGCAAGUCUUUCCUCCAGAGUGUACAGUGACAUCAUGCAGCUUCUGAAGCAGUCAAUACUGUCCACAGACCUGACACUCUACUUUGAGCGAAGAACAAAAUUUUUUGAACUAGUGAAUUCGGGAGAAUACAACUGGCACGUAAAGGAUCAACGAGAAAUGCUCAGGUCAAUGCUGAUGACUGCCUGUGACCUGGGGGCAGUAACAAAGCCAUGGGAGAUAUCGAGACAGGUUGCUGAACUGGUGACGAGUGAAUUCUUCGAACAAGGAGACAGGGAAAGGUCCGAACUGAAACUCACCCCCUCAGCCAUCUUUGAUCGAAACAGGAAAGAUGAACUUCCAAGACUACAGCUGGAAUGGAUCGAUGGGAUCUGCGUCCCACUUUACGAGGCUCUGGCGCAAGUCAACCCAAGGCUGAAGCCAAUGCUAAAUGGGAUUAUCCGGAAUAGGUGCAAGUGGGAGGAGAUGCACCAAAAGAGACAAGGGAGCAGAGACAACCCCAGCCGCAGAAAGAGCAUGCACGACAGCAGUUAAGCCUCCACGCGUCAUCUCCAAAGAUGGAUGACCAGCUAAACAUGGCUCGUACUCAACUGGAUUAGGACAACCUCCAGUUGUGCUUCAACAAGAUAUGUGGCUGUGCUGAGAUCUCUAUUGAGUUUCUGCAUGUAGCAAAACCCCUCUGCUCAAAAACUAAGAGUGAAAACAACGAGUACACUGCAACAAUUCUGCUGCAAGCUUGCGUCUGAAAAGCUGCUAAGAAGCAAUUUAGCAGCGGGCAGGCUAUGCAGCUCUAUCCAGUGCCACCGAUUGCAAAGGGCUUGCUGUCUUCUGCAGAAAUAUACAGACACCAUAAGCAGGUUUAAGGAACAUCAAUUAUUUAAACAUCAGGACUGAGAACUGGAAUUGUCUGUGCAUCCUUUGUCUGCCAGACCCAUAUUAUGAAUCAAUUGUUCUUUGCUUUAUUUCUCUCUCUCCACUGCUGGAAUGUACGAGUGGUUUGGUUUAUCGUCUAUUCAUAGAAAAAUGUUUCUCCUUAGCUCUUCUUGUGUGAGGAUGCUUGAAAUCAGUCCUCUGCACUGUAUGUGUCCUAAAUUGAUGCGCAGAGACAGGAUCCUUUUAGAAGUAGCCAUUGACAGAUGGUAUUGCACUGGUAACAAUGGCAGCACUGCUUUACUGCAAAGGCAUUACUUUGUGCUGUGAGCAAGGUCAUUUUUAAAACCACUGUUGGAUGUUGUUGGAUGUUAAACAGAUUGCAUGUUAAGGCAAUGCAAAACAAAUGUGUACACGUGUUACAAGGCAAAGGAUGGCAUGGGAUUUUGUCAGCAUGAAAAAUUCAAACUAAAGUGAAAGAAGCAUUCAACACUGCAAGAUGCGACUCAGCAACGAGAGGUCAAUGGGCAACCAUGAAGCAGAGAAACGGAACUGGUCAAAGGUUAUCGUGCCUGAUUUAACAAAUAUUGCAUGCAUUUCGCCUCCAUAACUGUUAGAUGUGGAAGAACAAUCGGCAGAUGAUCGCAAGUCUUUUAUUUUUGCGUGGAAGUUACUUUGGGCAAUAGGUUUUGCAGUACUUACCUCCUGCCCCUCUACUAUCCUCCAUUUCACAAGAGCAGCACGGGAUCAGGCCCUUCGGCCCGCAGCUUUCUGGAAGAUACUGUUCACCUUUCCUAGUGUCACAAGUCAUAAACCCCAAUCAGAUUCCUUUUCAACAUGACUUGAAUUGUUGUGUCACAUUCGCACUGAGCAUGAGCCAGUUUUGGCAGCUGACCUGUAAUGAUAUUUUACACAGUAAAGGGCCUGUCCCACGAGCAUGCGGCUCCAUGCGGCAAGCGCGACCUAAGCGACUCCAUGCGGCAAGCGCGACUUAACCAGACGCGGGGGCCGCGCGGAGGUCGAGUGAGUAACAUGAAGUUCGAGCGAAGUCCGCGGGACGUUCGCGCGUGACGUACGGCGUCGAGGCGGCUGCGGGCCGGCAGGCCGUUGCCGCGCGGAAUUUUUGAACACGAUCAGUUUUUCGGAGCCCCGCGCGAUGUCAGGACCAGCCAAGCACAACUCCAUACGGCUCCGGCGAUCAAAGUGGGACCGGCCCCGCGAGGCCGUACGGCUCAAGCGACCACGUUAGGUCGCGCUUGCCACAUGCAGGCACAUGCUGGUGGGACCGGCCCUUUAGGUCGCGCUUGCCGCAUGGAGUCGCAUGCUCGUGGGACAGGCCCUUUACUCAUAAUUUCAUCCAAUUGUCUAUUUAUAGUGGAAGCUCAAACAAUGCCCAUGCCAUGAGGCGUUGCUAGCCCAACAAAUAUGAAUUCAAUAUCCAAAUAUAUAUUUAACUCUUCUCCCCCUCCUGCCCCCGGGCCCCAUUUCCAGAUGCGUCUUAAAACUCUCUUACCUUUCUAGGGUAUUGUUUUAAUCUCAUCUGUUUGAAUUUUGUUUCUAACUUGAUCCUUUUAUGAUCAAUUUGGUUUCUGAUGUUAUCCGUGGUUGUACAAAUGAAAGAACAGCACAACUUGAGAAGAAACAUCUUUCGAAUCCACUGGAAUGUCCAAAGGUACACUGCCGCUACUUACACAAUUGCAUAACUCUGUAUAAUCAGCCAUCAAAGGAUGAAUGUUAGAAUUCUGCCAUCGUCUUUCGUAAAAGAAAAAAGCAACAUUGAUAUGUAACCCAAAAUAAAUUGUG